AUGCCAUUGAGGACCUCUUUGUACCGAAAACCAGCUUCAAUUCGGUGGCUCAAGAGAAGCACCAAACCCAAGGAAGUGCUCUCCGUCAACAUGAUCAGCCUGCCAUUGGCCGAUUUUCGCCAUGUCUCACACAUUGGAAAUGAUGCUCACACGGACAGCUUCGGAGACCUGUCCUUCCUAAAGAUGGGCCACAACCUACUCUUACGGAGCUCCCAAAGUGAGCAGAACCUUUUCCUGACCUGCUCACCACCACCACCCAAGCCUCCUCGUGUCAACCUAGAUGAGGCCGAGGCCCCAAAGAGCCCAUACUGGGAUGUGAGCGACAAGCACAGUGCCCCUCAGAAGAGGAAGAUGUGCAGCUCGAUGCCCCUGCUGGACAGCGAGGAUGGAGAAGGGGAGAUGGAGGGUGUUGGCGGGUACCAACACAGACCAAUCGUUGGCUCCAACCAGAGCUAUAGUCCUGGUCGGGGCAGCCUGAGCUCUGGGAGAGAUGGGGACUCCACAGUGACCUGUUCUGAGGACAUGGCAGGGCAGCAGAUGGAGGACGACAGUAACCUUUCCUUUCGCCUGGACUUAGGCCCUUCUAUCCUGGACGAUGUUCUCCAGGUGAUGGAGAAGCUACAUCAUUAGAGGAGAACGCAGCAUUUCCAGCAAAUAUUAUAUAGUCUAAUGGAAACUACAUCACUCUGACUUAUGCUAUAGAAAACAAAUAGCUAUGUUGUUCUCUAUGUCCUCUAUUUUUUCUCUAUUUAAGAGUGAUUGUUGUUACCUGAACCAUGUUUCCACUGAGGCUUUCAUACCAGCAUGAACACAUGCCAUGCAGAGAGAACUUUGGAACUAAAGAUACCUCAGUUUAACGGACACUAAAUCUGCACCACUAUCAAGAUGGACUGGAACACCUGAAUUUUUUUUUUUAAUUGCCACAUUUCAACAAAUCAUGUGUAUUGGUGGAUGCUAAAUUAUCUCAGCAAACACACAUUUGCUUUCUCUAAUACCAUUUGUUGUAGCACGUCUGUGAACAUAAUCCUACCUGGAGGGGUUAAACAAAAACAGGGUCUAUUCUAUCACAUUACCUGUUGCAGCAGUAGAUACAACCUUAAAGUUAAUCAUUGAGCUCUUUGUUCUGAGCAGAAGCGAGAUUUUUUUUGUUUUAGCUUCUCUUAUUUUGUUUCUUUUCUAUGGCAUGCCCACUCCCCUCCACCACCCCCGACGCUGGCAGUUCACUGAGGAUGAUUGUUAAGACAUGAGUGUUAUGUUUAAAAAAAGGGAAAAAAAGGAAAGCUGCCAUCUGAAUCCAAGGUCCUUCAGCUGUGAUGCCUUGGCUCUCUCUGCCCUUUCUGUUCCAUUGUGUGCAGAGGG